UCGCAAACUAUUUGUGUAUCGUUCUCAUGUCCUAUUUUAUACCAGAGGAACAGGACCACACCGGCUCCGAGGCCGAAAGCCAGCUGGAUGAUCAGCUUCUCAUGCAUACACUCCACACGCUUCCUGCGAAUUGCAAAAAGUUCUGGCGUCGACGGUACCAGUUGUUUAGUUUAUACGAUGAGGGCAUCUUCAUGACUUCAGAACUAUGGUUUUCUGUCACACCCGAAAACAUAGCGGCUUUCACCGCCCAUGCUGUACACGAGCUCCUUCCCGAUGCCCACGAUGUGCUUGAUAUAUGCUGCGGUGGAGGAGGAAAUACCAUACAAUUUGCAAAUGUGUUUCCUCGAGUGGGGGCUGUUGACAUUAAGCAAGUCAAUGUCGAUUGCACUCUCCAUAACGCAGGAAUUUAUGGUGUUGCCGACAACAUCUGGACCGCCACCGGUGACUGGAACCAGCUAAGCCAGUCACGCGACUGGAUUCCUACUGAUAUACGUGAUAAACCUCAGCCGUUUGACUUCAUCUUCUGUUCUCCUCCAUGGGGUGGGACAAGCUACCUGAGAGAGGAAAAUUCGUUCCGGCUCAACGAGAUGGUACCUCUUCGUUUUGAUGUGCUUUGUGAGAGUAUGGCCGCCAUUUCUGCAAACUUUGGUCUUUUCUUACCUCGUUCUUCCCACUUGGGUGAUAUCUCCAAAACAUCAACCAAACUCUUCGGGGUAUCUGCCAAAACUCGAAUAAUAAACUUGGUAACCGAAGACCAUAUACGAGGACUACUUGUCCUAUUUGGGCCUGAUGUUAUGGGCCCAUUAUCUUGUAUCGACAAUGUAGCCCCAAUGUACAACUAGGGGACGUGCCCCCACCAUAUACCGC